AAAUCUAUAAGAAUUCAAGAAUCUUGUUAAACCUUGAAAUCAUGUAAUAACGAAAAUCUGCAGAACUAACUCCAACUGAUCUCUCAUCGGAUCUCUCCUCCGCCUCUCACGGCGGAGCCUCCUCUCGACUUGCCGCAGAACCUUCUCGCCGACGAGAUAUUGUUGAGAAGGUGAAGUUUACGAUGGCUGAAGCUUUUGGUUGUGAAAUUUGCGGCAGGUUUGUUGUUUCAGGAGGCUGAAGCAGAACUGGUUUGAUAUUAUUAUUGCCGUUCUGGCCGUUCUCUCGGCACGGAGCAGCAAAACCAAGAAAACCGCGUCAGGCCGUGCCGUUCCUUCACAGAUGGGUGUCUCGGCUGAAACGACCGUGAUAAUGGGAUUAGAUUAGGAACGACACUGCUCUAAGUGGCCGCUCCGGUUGCGUCUGCUGUAAAUGAUAUCACCCUUAAAUUUUUAAGGAUAGCAAGCUCUCGUUCCCUUUUUGGGGAUGGCCAUGCUGUGCUGCUAUCCGAGAUUGAUAUCAUAGGCGACAUCUCCGAUGUAGCGGUUUGGUUGAGCGACAUCCUGUUUUUACCGAGUUUCCAGUUUGUAUGUAAGAACCUUUGGAGUUUCAGUUUGUAGAGAUCACUAUGAUUGUUCAUGCAAAAGUGCCGGCAUCUGAGUUUCGGAUUUUGUAGAGUUGGCUAUGGUUGUUCAUGCAAAAGACUCUUCUCAAGUGCCAGCAUCUGAGUUUGGCGUUUGCUUGAGAGAUAAACACUCUGCAUCCGAGUUUUCCCCUUUUCGUUUUUCUUAGAUGUAUCCUGAUUUGGAUACAUGUUUACAUGACGAGAUGGCGGCUGCAACCUUCAAAGGACCUCCUAGCGAAUGUUCGGGGAAUAAGAAAAUGGAAAGAAAGCCUUCGGGUAGAAGACGUGUAUUUGUUCAGACAGAAACCGGGUGUGUUCUUGGCAUGGAAUUAGAAAGGAGUGACAAUGCGCACACUGUGAAGAGGAAAUUACAGGUAGCAUUCAAUGUUCCGACUGAGGAAAGUUCACUUAUAUGUGGCGACACAGUCUUGAAAAAUGAUCUAAGUGUAGUUAGAAAUGAUUCUCCACUUCUUCUCACCAGGAACUUUUUACAUAGGAGUUCAUCUACCCCGUGCCUUUCACCGACCGGUAGGGAUCUUCAACUUAGGGAUCAGAGUGGACCAAUUGAGAUUAUAGGUCGGUCGGAUAUGUUAUCUGGAACUAAAGAACUGGUUAAGGAUAUCACGAUGGCAAUAAAAGGCGGUGUCGAACCAAUCCGUAUUCAGAGUGGAUUAGGAGGUGCAUAUUAUUUUAGAAACAUUUAUGGUGAAAACGUCGCAAUUGUGAAACCAACUGAUGAGGAACCUUAUGCACCAAACAAUCCGAAAGGUUUUGUCGGUAAAGCUCUCGGACAACCGGGUUUGAAAAGGUCGGUGAGGGUUGGGGAGACGGGAUUCAGAGAAGUUGCAGCUUACCUUCUUGAUCAUGAUCAUUUUGCGAACGUGCCUUCUACUGCACUUGUCAAGGUUACACACACUAUUUUUAAUGUUAACGACAGGGUCAAUGGUAAUAUGCUUCUUAACAAGAAGCAAAUAAGCAAAAUUGCGUCACUCCAACAUUACAUGCCUCACGAUUUUGAUGCAAGUGAUCAUGGAACUUCUAGUUUUCCUGUUGCUUCUGUUCAUAGGAUCGGAAUUUUAGAUGUACGCAUCUUAAAUACAGACAGACACGCAGGAAAUCUUCUUGUCAAGAAGCUUGAUGGGCUUGGAAGGUUUGAUCAGGUCGAGCUUUUUCCUAUCGAUCAUGGUCUUUGUCUACCUGAAAAUUUGGAAGAUCCUUAUUUUGAAUGGAUCCAUUGGCCUCAAGCUUCAAUCCCUUUCUCCGAUGAUGAGCUGAAGUACAUAUUUCAACUAGACCCAUUCCGGGAGUCAGAAAUGCUUAGAAUGGAGCUUCCAAUGAUUCGAGAAGCAUGCUUGCGGGUUUUGGUCCUUUGUACUUUGUUCCUCAAAGAAGCAGCAGCCUUCGGUCUUUGUCUAGCUGAGAUCGGCGAUAUGAUGAGUAGGGAAUUUCACUGUCACGAUGAAGAACCUAGCGAGCUUGAGCUAAUAUGUAUUGAGGCAAAGAAGCUAUUAGAUCAUGAAGAUUUAUCAUCUUUUGAAACACAAGUAGGAGACAAAGAUGCGACCCCUUUUCAGUUAGAUUGCGAGGAUCCGGAAUCUGAUAAAGUCUUAAAUAUAGAAGAGAAGCCAAGAGUGUUAUUACCAUCUCAAUUACAAAUGAAAAACGGAAACUGUAGAAUUGAACUUUCUAAACUAGAAGAGAGUGUAACGGAGGAGGAGGAAGAAGGCGAUGAAUAUACUAAUAUUUCAAAGCUAUCCGUGUUGGUGAAAAACGCAGCAAUCAAUGAAAAAAGAAGUGGCUCUUCGGUUGCGAGUUCUUCUGGAGAUAAUAGUGUGAAUGAGUUGGUUACACAUUCAUGUUUUGUGAAGCUGACAGAUAUGGAUGAAGAGAAGUGGAACCAGUUUCUUGAGAAUUUUCAAAGGUUAUUAAUCCCAGCUUUUGUUAACUGUAAAGAAAAGAAAAUGAAGAGGCAGAGACAGAGACUUGGAGCCUCAUGCAAAUUUUAGAAGCAUUACUAAAAAUGAAACAUGGUUUGAAACAAUGUUGUAAGGCUUGUGCAAUGUAUCACACACUAUACAUAUAGUUGGUAAAUGAAAUUGUCUAGUAGUGAGUGAGCUCUGACAUGAUACCGGCAUUACACGUCGAUAUUAUUACGUCAGUGUCCGACAUGGACACAGGCAUCGGUGUUUUCAGAGUUGUGAACCUUUUAUGUGAAAUAAGGUAAAAACAUAGACUCAUUAUCAUGGUGCUUUUGGCAUUGGAUGUCGUCCCUUAUAAGUAUAAUCCUUAUAAAACUGGUUUUCAAUCUCUUUUGCAGUA